AUGACGCAGUUGGGAAGCUCCACUCGAACAACAUUGCAUUGCGGAGCUCAGACUUGGUUCCAAAACGCCCCCCCCCCUCAAGCGACACAGCAACACCGCGACACCUCGCGCCUCACGCCUCACGCCUCGCGCCUCACGCCUCACGCCUCGCGCCUCACGCCUCACGCCUCACGCCUCGCAUUUCACCACGCGCAGCCCCCGCCAUCCACCCGCUCUCGAGCCGCACACGCACAACUCAAACAUGUCCUAAGCCCACGCUCCCAUUCCACCGACUCACGUGCGCAUCCCUUCACAGCUGCUCGCAUGCCACCCUCGAACCGUCAUGGCUCGCCCGGGCGCGGACGGUCAACGAGCCCGCGGCCCCUGAUACCGACAGAGCACGAGGACCCAAGCCUCAUCGACACCCUGCCCGAUACGCGCCAGUUGCAGGCCUUUGGUCGCAAAGUCACCGCCACCGCCAGCAGCCUGAUAGGCACCGACGGCGUUGCCCAGCACUACCAGAACGCGCUGGGCGAGCUGCACCGCGAGAUUCGCCGCCCCAUGCUGCAGCGCUCCGUCUUCUCCUUUGCCAACACCACGCCCCGCGAAAUCGUGCGCUCGAGGAUCUCCGUCCCCGAGAUCCAGCAACGAGCGCUGUCCUACAUCCCCGACGACAUCCUGCACAACAUCCCCGAGGACAGCAACGAAUUCUCGCUCUUCCAGGGCUUCCAGGCUUCGCUGCCAGAGGAGCCGCUCAAGGGACCGAAACAUGGCAAGCGCAACGCCAGGGGCCAGAAGCUGAUUGGGGAGGAGCUGCAAGACGACAAUGACGCAAACACGCCGCCGUCGAUGCAGAAACUCAAGACCCAGAAGCAGCGCAUGGGCCACAGACUGGAGAUGAUGGGGGUGCGGAAACACAUGUGCGUGGCCGAGAUUCUCGAGAUCGACAACAAGAUUGCGAACCUCAACACACUGCGCAAGAUGACGCUGGAUCGUCUGGCAGGACUGGAGAUUGAGGAGGCCGAGCUGGAGCAGGACUUGCUGGGCGUCGACAACCGGAUCGAGGACCUGCAAGAAGAGCUGGACGAUGCAGCAGCCCUUGCGCCCAAGUCUCCUGAGAGACCAACCACCGCUGAGGAAGACGCCGAAGCCGGGGACAGCUUCAUGUCUGAGUCCAUCUACAAGAAGCUGCCGAGCCCAAAGUCCAAGAAGCACAACAAACGCCCAAUACGCCGCAUAUCCAUGCCCAUCUUGCACGAACACCUCGAGCCAGGUUCCAAAAUCAAGGAGCUGCCCGCACACAACGACACCAUCACGGCCCUGGACUUUGACGCGCCGUGGGGCACACUCGUGACCGCUUCUCUGGACGACACUGUGCGAGUGUGGGAUCUGAACGCCGGUCGCUGCAUUGGCAUGCUCGAGGGCCACCUCUCCUCUGUGCGCUGUCUGCAAGUCGAAGAAAACAUUGUUGCCACAGGAUCCAUGGACGCAACCAUCCGCCUCUGGGACCUCAGCAAAGCCGAAUACGCACCCCUCGACAACCGGAUAAACAAGCACGACGACGACGACGAAGACGAGGACGGCCUUGCCUUUGAGAACUCGGCCGAUGCGCCGCCCGCCCCUCCACCCACUAUGAUGCAAGACUGCCCCCUGUUCUCCCUCGAGUCCCACGUUGAUGAAGUGACGGCCCUCCACUUCCGCGGCGACACGCUCGUCUCUGGCUCAGCAGACAAGACGCUCCGGCAAUGGGAUCUUGUCAAGGGACGCUGUGUGCAAACACUCGAUGUGCUGUGGGCGGCUGCGCAAGCAUCCGCAACCGACACCACGAACAACGGACAGUGGCGCGGAACAGGCCGUGCGAUGGACACUUCUGCGGACUUUGUCGGCGCUAUUCAAGUCUUUGAUGCCGCGCUUGCGUGCGGUACUGCGGACGGAAUGGUCAGGUUGUGGGAUCUGAGGAGUGGACAGGUCCACCGCAGUCUGGUAGGACACACAGGGCCGGUGACUGCGCUGCAGUUCGACGACGUGCACCUCGUUACUGCAAGUGCGGAUAGAAGUAUUCGAAUCUGGGAUCUCCGCACCGGCUCCAUCUACGACGCCUAUGCCUACGACAACCCGGUCACGAGCAUGAUGUUCGACGCCCGCCGCAUUGUGUCUGCCGCGGGCGAGGAUGUGGUCAAGGUCUACGACAAGACAGAUGGAAGGCACUGGAACUGCGGGCCUGGUGCUGUUGAGGAAGAAGGCCGACGCAAUGUAAUUGAGAGGGUGAGGAUAAAGGACGGGUAUCUGGUGGAGGGCCGGAGGGACGGCACGGUUGGGGUGUGGUCGUGCUAG